GAUGUUGAUAGUGAUUUUUUUUAGUCUGGUGUGUCGUGCGGCGGGUGGAUGUUUGUUAUUUCCUCUUCUUAUGAGGAAUACUGUUUUUCUCGUUAUUAUGUAAAAAUUCCUUUUUAUCGUUGGACGGUGUGAUCUAACUUAAUUUCUUUAAAAUGUCGACAGUUCUUUUAGCUGUUAUUGCGGUCAUCCUGUGCGUACUUUUCAGAAUAUUAAAUGUUAACAGCCAGCCACAAAAACCCGUGAUCUAUGGCAAAGAUCGAGGGUUUAUUGAAAACAUGUUAUUCAUAUCUCCAUUCUUGUAUGAACCAUACAUACCGACUCGAUUAUGGGGCUUCAGCGGGCACGUCCAAACGAUACUACAUAGUUUGAUUGGACGGGUCCGUUGCCCCUGGCCCAUUGGAGGCCGGGUAUCCCUGGUGCUGCCCGACAAGUCCACCCUCACCUACGACCUUUAUGAACCAGUUGGAAACGAACAUGAAGAUGACGUGACGGUGGCAAUCUGUCCGGGCAUCGGUAAUACGUCGGAGAGCGUCUACAUCCGGACAUACGUGCACUACUCUCAAUGCCACGGAUACCGGUGCGCUGUUCUCAACCAUAUAGGAGCCCUCAACAGCGUUCCAGUCACUGGCAAUCGGAUCUUUUCGUAUGGACACACCGAUGACUACAAUUACAUGGUGGAGAAUCUAGUGGAGCGAUAUCCCCACACGAAACUGAUUCUAGUCGGAUUUAGUCUUGGCGGGAACUUGAUUUCCAAAUACUUGGGAGAGGAUAGGAAGAGGCCAGCUAAUAUUAUUGGCGGAAUAUCAAUAUGCCAGGGAUACAACGCUAUAGAUACUAUGGUGUACCUACUGCAAUGGCAGAAUUUCCGUCGCUUCUACCUGUACAUAAUGACGGACAACUACCGUAACAUCAUAACUCGACAUAAGAGGAUGUUGCUGUGCCAGGAGAUGAAGAACAGAUAUACUUUGGAUGAGAAGAUGAUUGUGUCGGCGGGUACACUGCCUGAUCUCGACGAGGCCUACUCUAGGAGGGUAUAUGGCUUCGAAUCCGUGGCGGACCUCUACAAGUGGAGUUCGUCGGCAUUCUACCUCAAGAACAUUAAAACCCCGAUGAUAUUCAUCAACGCAAGAGACGACCCUAUUGUUCCGGAGCCUCUGUUGCCUAUAGUCAGGGAAUUUGUCAGCUCGCAUGAUAAGGCGAUGUAUCUUGAACUGGCCCACGGCGGGCACUUGGGUUUCUACGAAGGUGGCUUGAUCUACGCUAACCCUGUGAACUGGCUGGAUCGCGCGCUCGUCGGACUCGCCGGUGGCCUGCUCAUGGCGCACAACAAAUGCUCACACAAAGAGGUCGCCAACUCCAAUGACAGCAUUGGCUCUGAUGAAGAGCCAGACCUCAUCAAAUCAGCGACCAUCGUGUACCGAGAUCCCUUAGAAAAACCCGUAUACUAAUACUGCAUUAACUCGUGGCUCGUAGAGCACUUUGGUAUACUUACAUGUCUAAUCAUUAUUAGGAAAACGAACAUAAAGUACUGCAGUCCAUUUUGUAGCAGUAUCUUUCUAUAAAGUACUUAAAUUGUUUUGUAAGUACAUCCAUUCGGAGGUAAUGAUUCUCCAUUGCGUUUUAUACGUCCCAAUGAAUAUAUUUUGCUUAUAUAUUUUAACGUAUAAGGCCACACCGUAUUUACCAAAGCCUAGUAGAUGGGAAUUGAGUGUUCCUGUUAUGCCCUAAGUAAGAUAUUAGGCAGGACCUAAGAGGCGAUUUCUUUACUGUGUAUUUAAGCAGCACAUAAGCUUUUUAUAAAUGUAUUUAUUUUGAACUCGUUAUUAAUGUUAUCUAGGCUCUUUGUCAAAAUGUGUGUGAAUUAUUUUAUGUUGUGACUAGUUAACAAGAUAGGCGUGGCUUAGUAUGGUAAGAUUUUGAAUAGGAGGAAUAACAUAAGUACUAUUACAUGACUAUUUUAAUAUCAGUAUUUUUGUAUCUACAUGAUGAAAUGACAGCGCACGGCUUUAUAAUGCGUUAAAGCGUAGCCUGCACAAACUGUUUGCAUUUAUAUACCUACUUUAAUGUCUACCGAUUGCUUGUGUGAACCUUGCCUGCCACGCCCUAAUUUGUGAAGCUUUGAACAUGCACGGGCCUAAGUAAUUUUGUAACAUUGUGAUAUAUUAUAACCGAUAUUUAUGUACUUUGCAUUUGAUUUGAGUGGCAAGUGAAAUUGUAUGGCCGUGCAGAAUUUAUGAAUAAAUGAUGCUGGGUGGAAGUCCCGGAGAUAGUCGAAAACGUUGUUUGAUAUAGAUAAAUAGCUAGUGAAAAUCAUUAGUGACGUUUUAUACCAAGUUACGAGUACAUGAUAUAUAUUUAUGACAUAAUAAUUUAAUAAUUAUUUGAGUUAAUUUUGUUGAUAUAUAUAAAUAGUACAAAUACUGAUUGCACAAUUUGUAGUUGGACGUGAUACAGAUAGAUUAGAUGAGAAUAAACAUUCACAUCCCCGCUUAGAGCAUUGGAUUCCUUUUAAUGUUCCUAUAAAGUAGAUAGGGAGUCAAUGUAUAUUAUAUUAAUUAUUGUACACACACAUAAUUUAUUGGAAAGUAUAUGAUUAAAAAUUAUGUAUGAUGUUAAGUUUAACACCUCAUAUGUCAAAAGAUGAUAUUUCAUCACGGGAGUUAGACAAACAUUAAAUUGACAUAAUAAUUAUGUAUUAUUGUAUUCUUAUACAUUAAGUUAAACUUCACGAAUAACAAUUGAUUUAGGUAUUUACGUUGAUAAUAUGUUGUGGUACUUUGUCCAUUUGUAUGGUUGUGUACUGCGUGCGGCUUUGAAAUUAAUUGUAUGCUAUUUUGAUGUUGUAAGUGCAGUCCUUUGAAUGGCGUACACACGAAUAGUGCAAUAACCUCUUCAUGGCCUCGACCGCUGAAAAUUAUUGAUUUUGUUUUGGAUCGAAAACUUAUUUGGGUUCGUCCGCACGAUCUUUUAUGUUAUCUAAUUGGUAUAUUUCUUUUAUUCCGUUGAAACUAUUGAUCUCACUGAAAUUGGUUGUAUGUAAAGAACAUGAUUUGCCUCAAAAUAUAGUAACUGUUUGUUAACCCGCCAUAGUGUAGAACUUGUGAUACGGGUGUACGAAUGUUCAGUUGUUUUUGACACUUAUUGAAUACCCUGUGAUAAUCAUACAAACCAUUUUAACACGGCAACUAGAUUAAAGUCACGAUGUGGCGGGUUUUAUUAGCUGAUUUAGGUGCAGCGCAGACGACUGACUUUUUGUGCGAUCGAGUCUGUGUCGCUCAAAAAGUAUGCUUGGCGCACAAUCUGCAUGGCGCGCAAAAAGUCCAUCGCGGAUUUUUCACAGACAGACUCAACGCACAUCUUCAAUCAUUCUGUCGGCAGAGCUGUAGGGACUUAGACCUCAAACCGAAAUACAGAUUAAAGUGUGUUAGCGCGCGUUGAAGCAAACGUUCAUUUUUUUUUCACACACUUUGUGCGGAGCAGAUCGGCGCGGCGCGGUCCGGUCGGCCCGAACUACACGAAUUUUAUGUGCGCCGGAUUUUUUGGCGCGUUGUGGGCGUUACUGCAUAAACUGCCUAGGAUCUAUUUUCACAGGCUCAAAAGUGCGUCACGUAUAGUCUGUCGUCUGCGCUGCGCCUUAUGCGAUUGAUGGAGUGCAAUAACUACAAUUUAUUUAGAAUUAACGCUUCAAACAAUUCCAUUUUACCCAGAUAGUUGGACUUGUAUGACCUGUAAGUACUCACUUUACUAGCAUUUAUUCUUGGCAGUUUCAAAUACUAUCAAUUAACAUGAAGUACUUGGACCUUAAGAAAACGAUAUAAAAAUGAUUUGGGUAUGAAAAUACUUAUAAAAUAUAUUUUUAUACGAAAUCGUUUUGGCUGCCCUGCAGUUCAUAUUAUGCAACUUGUCUUUAGAGGGCCGCGCCCUUAAAUUCAUACUCUUGUCAAUUUUAUUUAAAAUUGCGAAAAUAAACAUAACUUAUGAGAGCUUCGGUGCUAAUUUGCCCCCAAUGUAAAUUUUAGAGAAAUAAAUUAUAAAUUUCUAUUGUAGGUAUGUAUUUCUAUAGUAAAGCAACAUUGAUGGAAAUUUCAGUGACUCUUUUUUGUUUUGAGUUAAAAUUCUUCCAUAUAUUUUAUGUAGCUUGUAUGAAUUUCGAAAUGUUUUGUGUUACAUAUUGUCCAUCUGUAAGGUCAAUUUGAUUAAUCUGAAAUUUCAUCAUGAGAAAUUUCCUAUUUAAUAUUUAUAUGGAUAUGUAAUAAACGUUUAAAUGAA